CACACAGAAAGGUGCUUUGGCAAUACAUAGAAUACCAUGGAGUUAUCAACUUUGGAACCAUAACUCACUGUGAACACUGGGUGGCAGUGGACAGCCAUACUGCUGUUGCUCUAAGCUGUUCAGUAAAUCAUGGACAACACAGCAGGAACAGUGCUGUUUGUCAUAAAAGACCAGAUCUUCCACUUAAAAUUUCCACUGGGGAUUAAUAUGUGGCUGAUGGGGAAUGAAUGGAAUUUCUCCUCAAGGUUGUUGCUUUGUUUUCUAUCCUCUAAGAAGACCUGUCACACAAACACAGAAAAACCUUUGAGGACAAGAGCAGGAGUAUGCCCUGUCCUGCUCCACUGGACCGCUCAUAUAAUUAGUGUAAUUGGAAGUAUCCCUUGGGUUCGGGUGUUUGUAUCUAUGUGUGCGUGGGGUGCAGGAUGGGCUCGAUGAAGUAGGUGAGGGUGCAGAGGAGGUGGAGGUGGGUGUCUUUUUCCUCAGGAAAACAUAUCACCCUCCACCACAAUAGAGAGCAUCAGGAAACCACAGGCAGCCACAUUGCUCUCUUGAGUCACCUAGCACUUUCAGACACGCUCUUGCACUCGUCAGUCUCUUUCACACACAUGGACACACUCCACAGCCUGGCAGCUUGCACGGCCAACACUCUCCAGGAUGACACUGAACUGAAAGCACAGGCGUAGUGUUCAGGUUUUUUAAGGAUCAGCUGCAAUCAUGCCUAUUCUAAAAAAGCUCCCAGGAAGAUCCAAGAGCUGUCACGAGUUCCCCAGAGUGAAUGGUGAACUGAUUCUGCCCCGGCUUGACUUGGAUCUGAUGGACCUGAAUGAUCUCAAUGAACUAAAAGAGCUGAACAACCUGAACAAGAACCUUAACCCCUUUGACGUGGACUUGGAUGAGGACAAGAAGAACGAAGGUGACACUGGCCUCUUCAUGGGGGAGGUCAGGAGGAACCUCCAACUGCGGUUGUCCCGUGAUGGAGAAGAGGAAGAGAAUGAAGUGAAUGCAGAGAGGCAUGGGGCAGGGAACCCCAAAGGGAAGCCGAUCAGAGGGACUCUGGAACGGAUCUGUGGAGUCUCACCCCUCAAAACCCUUGGAAAACUGGGGAAAGGUCUUCGUAUAUCAGGACGAAAUGUGUGGGGGAAUAGCUUUCCCCACUACAACCCUGGAGACUCAAAUACACUCCCAGCAGAGAAGGAGAAGAGAAAAGGGCGGCGAAGAAGCUCAGAGGGAAUUAUGACCCUUCUUCGCUUCACAGGUCGCCGUAAAGAGGAGCGCAGGGAAAGCCUGCCCUGUGGGGACCUGAGCACUGAGUGUGAGGCAGAAGGAUCCAGGCGACCCUCGUUUCUUAAGAUCAGUUUGGGCAAGCUGAAAAGAGAAUCCAUGUCGGACAAGGCUUCCCAAGAGGCUGAGGAGGAGGAGCUGGAGGAUGAACCAGUGGUAGCGACUAGAGAGCCACUGUCAGUUCUGGAGAUUCUACAAUUGGUCAACCACAGAGACCUUCUCUUGGCUGACACACAUAUUCUGGAGCUGGAACGAGAGUGUGAGGUCCUGGCUUUGCUACCAGCCACACCUGCAUCCACUCCUACAUCUACCUUAAGUCCCAGCACUCCGCCUUUGGGCCAUUCUUUAUCAUUUUCAUCCUAUGACGAGGUCCUUAGCUCUAAUGCAACUCUAGACUCAAGCAGAAGAAAGGCCAAGGAUGUGGAGCUCCUGUACGAAGCCUUGCAGAAGGAGAUGUGGGACGUGGUAAGAGAGUCGCUUCGCCAACCCAGUGCUGGCCCUAACCUUGGUCUAGUGGUGCUGGUUAUCCAACAGGAAGAGCAUGCUGAUGCUGCCUGGGCUGUGAGAGAGGAGACCAGGACAGAGCGAGUGAGCCCCCACAUUCAACCCAGCCAGCGCCCUCGAAGGCUGAAGACAAAAUGGAGACAUGCAGUGGCAGAAGCUGCGGAGUGGAGCCUGCCUCACCAGGUGGAUACUCAGGCAGGCCAGCUGGCCUUAUAUCUGGAGCGUCUGAGGAGCCGGAUGGUGGACGAUCUGGAUGCAGCCAGGAGAAAUGCUGUAUCCAUUUACCCAGAGGAGUUUGCAGCCUUCCAAGUGUAUGUGGAAAGCUACCAUCAAGCCAUUGCCAAACGUCUUCGGACCAUCACCAGUGGGCCGCUGCAGAUCACAGAUGUCUACUCACUAUUAGAGUGGUUUUACAACAUCUACAACAGGGAUGUGCUGGGAACCAUUGGCACCAGCAUACCCAUACACUACACCACACUAGAGCCUAUUCUUCCUCAACCAACAGUGGACAGGCUGGAGGAAGACUGCAUCAGUAUAGUCAGGGAUAAAGUAACAACAGAGCUGAUACAGGUUCUGGAUGAAGAGGAGAGGCGAUGGGCCCACACUCUAUAUAUAGAGGAGUACCAGUCAAACCUAGCACGCUCAGUGAUCCAGAGGCUGAAGGUGGACUUGGAUAGAUCAACAUCUGUGAACCAGUUUCUUGGUGCAAGAGUUGCACGCUGUUGUCUUAUUGGGCUCGCUGACUUUCUCUUCAACUUCCAGAGGAAGGUGGAAAUGUUUCACGACACGCAGGCAGAGUUUGGAGACAGAGGGGAUGGAUACGUGUCCAGGACCAUUGCUCUGGUCAACUGCUGCCCUCCCCUGAGGACCUUUGUGGAGCGAUGCAGGCAGUGUGACCCACAGGGCAGCGAAGAGACAGCUCAGAGAGCCAACUCUUCUCUGGACAGACUCAUAAGCCAGUCAGUACGGGUUUUGACGGACCGACUGUUUGAGCACAUCAGGCCUUUCUUCGACAAACUAUUGAAGAGGAAAUGGCUGAACAACACCGAGGCCUUUGAAGCCAUUGAAGCCAGCAUUAAACAGCACUUCAGAAAGUUCAAAAGAAUGGACCCUCCUCCGUAUCAGGCACUUGUUGGUGAGGUGCACAGGCGGGUCCUGGUGGAGUAUGUCCGGGCAGUCAUGCGAGGACGGAUCAUUUGCACCUCUUCCAAGAUGAGGAAGAGGAUGGCUUUUCGUCUGCAAGAUGAGGCCAAGCAGUUGAAAGGGCUCUUUAGGGAUCUGGAAUCGAGUGCCUCCUGGUUGGACAGCACCAUCUGCCACCUAGCUGACAUAAUCCUCCUAGAAGAUACUCCCUCCAUUCAGAUGGAGGUGGCUGUCCUGGUGAAGGAGUUCCCAGAUAUAAGAAAGAAGCAUGUCUCCACCCUGCUGAACGUGCGAGGGAUGACACGGCAGGCGGAGCGGCAAGAGAUCCUUAAUGUUGUCAAAGACUUUGAAUGCAGCAGUGCUCUCAUUUGCCGGGAACGCGCCCUCUUUGCUGACAUCCCCAUCACCUCGGAGGUGCACUGCAUCAGCCUGGGUCUCAUGCGCCUCGCCAUGACCGUCUCCAACUGGUUCUCGGAGCAUCGGCCAAGGCGAAGGCGCAGGACAAGUGCCCGGAAUGCAGCACCUCAAACAGCUGAGACAACAGAAGACACAAGCAAGCUUCACAGAGAAGAAUAGGAUAUAGAUGCCAUGUACAUGCACCUUUGAUACCAAACAGUGUUACCAGUCCCCUAAAAAACUUGACCUCAGGUACUGCUGGUACUGUACAUGCUUGCUGACAUUUAUCCAUCUUUACAUUAAAAAAUCUGAACUUGA